GUAUCUGCUAUUUGUCGUCGUCUCUUUGGCUAACGGAUUGAUGAAGUUUCCUUACUUCUGCUUUUAUUUUUUCUAUUUUGAGAUUCACCGGUGUCUCCUGCAGUCUUUUAAAUAAUCGGCCAUUCAAGACAGAAGGUAAACUCUGCCAAUUACUGUAACGUUUAAAUGGAUGUGAAAGAGGAGACAUGUGAGGUUGACCUGAAUAUCAUGGAGGAGAGGACCAUAAAUGUUAAGGAGGAGGACUGUGAGUGGGAGAGUGUCCACCCCAAACAGGAGAGUCUGGACAUCAAGGAAGAGGACUGUGAACUGCGGUCAGUGUGUUUUAAAGAGGAAGAUGAAGAGGAGUGUGUCAGCACUGAGAUACACAACUGUAAGAGUAUGGAGAGUGUCAAGGAAGAUGACCUUCAUUAUGGAGAUCAAGAUGGAGCAGUGACCGGGUUAGUCUCUUCUCAUAGCAGACACUCUUCAUCUCCGGAGGCUUCUAUCAAUGUAAAAUAUGAAUCAUUACAGUCUGACACAAAGAUGACUGAAGACAUUUCAUCUCCUAGAACUGAGGAAGGUCAUCCACCACCUAAGACGGACAUUAAGGAAGAAGACCGUGAACUGGCGUCAGUGUGUUUUAAAGAGGAAGAUGAAGAGGAGUGUGUCAGCCCUGAGGUGGCCAGCUAUAGGAGUAUGGAGAGUGUCAAGGAAGAUGACCUUCAUUAUGAACAUCAAGAUGAAGCAGUGACCAGGUUAGUCUCUUCUCAGAGCAGACACUCUUCAUCUCCAGAGUCUUCUAUCAAUGUACAAUAUGAAUCAUUACAGUCUGACACAAAGAUGACUGAAGACAUUUCAUCUCCUAGAACUGAGGAAGGUCAUCCACCACCUAAGACGGACAUUAAGGAAGAAGACCGUGAACUGGCGUCAGUGUGUUUUAAAGAGGAAGAUGAAGAGGAGUGUGUCAGCCCUGAGGUGGCCAGCUAUAGGAGUAUGGAGAGUGUCAAGGAAGAUGACCUUCAUUAUGAACAUCAAGAUGAAGCAGUGACCAGGUUAGUCUCUUCUCAGAGCAGACACUCUUCAUCUCCGGAGUCUUCUAUCAAUGUACAAUAUGAAUCAUUACAGUCUGACACAAAGGGGACUGAAGGAGUUUCCUCUCCUAGAACUGAGGAAGGUCAACCACCACCUAAGACGUCAUCUGAAACAA